CCAUUGACUAGGUGAGACCGAAAAACCGUUGCCGACAGCUGUUUGAUUCGUUUGCCUCCAUUUUCUUCCCUGUUUAAAAAAGGAAGCGCUUUCUCGUCAAGCAGUUCGGCUUAGUUCUAGUUUUUUUCGUGUCCUAUGUCCUGUAUUAGUGAUUGAGUGUUUGUUUCGAUGUGAUGUUAAAAUUACAUUAUAUUUGAUGGAAAUUUGUUUCAUAGUUGUAUGAAAAUACCCCAUCUCUAAAAAUAAUGCGCUAAGAGGCAUUCUCAAGCCAAGCGCUAAGUUCGGCACGCACGCACUAAUCUGCUUGCAGCAUUAUUUGCUUGCAUAUCUCAGAAUUUAUAGGUCUUGUCCUCUAUAUAUAUAUAUGUAUAUACAUAUAUAUUGCAAGAUACACGCAAUUGAAUAAACAGGUGACAAUCUGCAGAAAUAUCUAAACUAAUAACAACCUGAAGCAUUCAAAAAGGUAAAGAAGGAACAAAUAAUAAGCUGGUUAACUGUGGGAAAGCUAUCCACAAUAGUGUUAAAAAUGGCGACGUUCCGAAUUCAUGAAGAUGUGGAAAAGGAGAACCGCGUGCUGGCGCCUGUGGGAGGAAAGAAAAACGCAAUCCUGGCAUCUAACAAUGGCGCUGCGGGGCUACCAGCUGGAAAAAAUGUUAUUUUACAUUCCAUUGGCAUUCAGCACCAGCAACAACGGACUAUGUUCAGCGUUCUCAGCAAUGUCCAAAGCAAUGUGGCGAAUAUGGAAAAGACUGUAAAGGAGGGCAAAGUAAAAAGUCAACGUGCAGGCGGUGCUGUUCUGUUGCCUAAGUCUGGAAAAGUGAGUGACGAGAAUGCUGUGGAAGCUAAGCAGAGUAUGCAGGUUAAGGCUGUUAAGAAAUCAUCCGCCCCAAAUGAACCGUUCAAAGGGUUCGAGAUAUACGACGAGUCGAAAGAAAAUGUUAAGGAAAUGUGUGUCCCUAAGAAAGAUGACGUGAUCCAUGAGAAGCGCGCUCCUUUGCAAGAGCUAAAACAUGCAGAACUGCUCGAAACUCCCAUGUCGGUGGGAGAAAACUAUUCUCCAAUGUCAAUAGACAAGUCGACUAGCAUAAUUGUCGAAGAAGGACCCAUCCCUAGGAACGAUCGUGAGCGUUUCUUCGAGGUAGAAGAAUACCAGGAAGACAUACUAGUUUAUCUUAAAGAAGCCGAAAAGCGCAAUCGUCCAAAGCCGGGAUAUAUGCUUAAACAGACUGACAUAACCCAUUCUAUGCGCACAAUUCUGGUCGAUUGGUUGGUGGAGGUUUCCGAAGAAUACAAACUGCAGGGAGAAACACUUGCCUUAGCCGUAUCUUACAUCGAUCGAUUCCUUAGCUUCAUGUCGGUAGUUCGUGCCAAGCUUCAGUUGGUAGGCACAGCCGCCAUGUUUAUCGCAGCAAAGUAUGAGGAAAUCUAUCCACCGGAUGUGAGCGAGUUUGUUUACAUAACAGAUGAUACGUACACCAAGACCCAAGUGUUGCGAAUGGAGCAGCUCAUACUGAAGGUUCUUUCAUUUGAUUUGACGGUACCAACUUCGUUGGUAUUUACUAAUACCUAUUGUGUGAUGAACGACGUACCAGAUAAAGUGAAAUAUUUAACGAUGUAUCUUUGCGAGUUGUCAUUGCUGGAAGCAGAUCCAUUCCUAACGUAUAUGCCAUCCAAAAUUGCAGCCGGUGCAUUGGCAUUAGCAAGACGCACUCUCGAUUUGCCAAUGUGGUCUAAGAUGUUAGAGAACAACACUGGCUACAAACUGGUCGACAUGAAAGACAUAAUUUUAGAUCUUAACAAAACUCAUGUCGAUGCAGUAACAAUGCAACAACAAGCAAUACAGGAAAAAUACAAAUCCAAAACAUACCAUGAAGUCGCAUCCUUACCUGCUACUGAGAUAACAAAAGAAUCUUUUGAUAAGAUAUGCGCUACAUUAUGCAAUUCUUCUGCUGCAACACUGCUACUUUCUAACACCGACAGUGAGUUGUUGAAGGAAAUGGGGCGAGAAAAUCCGUCAAACCUACUUUUCGUUUAGACGCCGUUAAAUUAAGAGGCCCUUUUGUCCCGUUAGAGAUUAUGUUUGCUUUUUGCUUAUUUAUACUUGAUCUUCAUGUCAACACAAAUAUUCUUGAUGUAUUUGUGUCAUGCAUUCUAUCCUUACUUAUGUAUCGUUUACUUUUUGUGUAAUGCUGAAAAAACUGUAUUAUUUUGUAUCUUUUUAUAACGUUGCCGAAACUAUGGACGAGUUUAUUUAUAAACUUUUGCUUAUUUAAUGGCUUUGUCUUUCUGGAAUCGUUUCCCAUAAAAAUUGUCUUUUCCUGUCAUUUCCCGUCAAAACUACAUUUUCGUCUAAGGCAGACUAUAGUAUGCCAGUGUUUUUGACCAUGUCUAGUUCAGAAUAACAGCACAUACAAAUAAAAAUGACCAUUAAUGCGACGAUUGAACAUAAAUCAUGAAUAUGGAAUACGUUUGUCGAUCUCUCAGUAACACCUUUGAAAU